CAACAGCAGCCAGCCGGCGUCAGCCAGAAGCCAGCCGAGACGGUGACCGUGCUGAGCCACCCGUUGCUGACGGUGAACCGGACAGCAGUGGGCGUGCAGGGCGGCGGCGCCAUCGCGCUCAUGGGGGCGCGCCUGUCGCGGCCGGCCACCCCCGGUACCGCUCACAUGCAGCCCACCUAUCACGUGGCCAGAGGCUCGAGCUCGGCCACCUCCUCGCCCCGCGUGAUAGGUCCUCAGGCAGUGCGGACCGGCCACCUGCCCAUCUCCAGCAUCGUGGCCAGCGGCGCCCACACCGUCAGUUACCAGGUGAGCCACCAGGUGGCACCAGCCGCUCUGCCGGCCAGCCUGGUGGUGCCGGUGACCUCGGUCGGUGCCGGCCCGCCGGUCCUGCCGCGAGCUGCGCCCGCCGCCCCCAGCCCAGCUGGCGGACCUUCCAAGAUGGCGGCGAAAGCGGCCAAGCUGUCAACAGUGACGAUGACACCGGCCGGAGUUGGCGUACGGGGCGGCGGGCCUGCGCGUCUCACUCUGGGUCCACACCGGGAGUGCGGCCCGGACCGUGUCACCACAGGGGCGGCUGGUGAGUCCGGCCGGCUCGGCGACGCCCCGCCCCCUGCACAUCACCCACAUCACGGCCGAGAAGCUGCCGCGCGCGCUGGCCGGCGUCGCGUCCCCAGCGCUGCGCCAGGGCGCGCCGCUCACCUACUCCAUAUUGCCAUCCGGCCGUGGUCAGCAGCAGGUGAUGCGCGGCGCGAUCCACCCGCUCAUAUCGGUGCCAGCGCCGCCUGGCGGCUUCACCGUCAGUACAGGUGCGGCCGGCGACCGCGGCGAGCCGCAGCCGCUGACGGUCAAGGCAGGGCCCUCGUCCGCGGCCGGCGGCACCAAGGCCGCGCCCGUCGGCCAUCCGAUCACGAUGCCGGUGCCGUGGACCGGGUCGGGUCAGCAGGGAGCGAAGGAAACAAUAUCACCGCCAUCCCCGUGGCCAAGCUGCCGCUGGCGCCGUCGGCACUGCGCACGACGCCGGCCUACGGCGUGCCGGCCGGCGUGGUGUACGAGCACACCGGCUACGGCGCCGUGCGGCCGCCGGUGCCAGCGCCGUUCAGCUCCUGCCCUUGA